GUGUGUGUGUGUCAUGCAAUUUUGCCUGUGCUCGUGCAUACAAAGAAACGAACGCUGUACCUCCAGUGAAACCAAACAAACAGCUGGUUCAAUGAUGUGAUGGGGCUGCUUUCCUACAUCCGGAAGCGGACCUUUGGAAUCUGUGCUGGUUGCAAUGAAAUCUCAAAACUAUGGAGCCAAUUGUGCCACCCGCUGAAGUCGGUGGGCUUGCUGCAGGACCUGAGCCAUGUGGCGGAUGGAGGCAAUUGUGACGCCGAGUUCUGGAGAAGCUGCUCCUUGCCGUGUGAUGUGAGCUGCACACGGACAGACGAAUGAGAAGGAGGAAGCCGUGAGUUCCGCAUCCCGCAUCCCAAGCAGCGGACAACGAUGAGGACCGCUUUUGUCCUUCUUCUUUUGUCGCUUCGUGCCCCCGCCGCCGGCGCCGCCAUGAAGCUCAAGUGUCCCGAACGCCAGCCCAACACAGGCCUGGUUUGCUUGAAUGACUACAGUCGAAACAUGACGUGCAUCUGGAACAGCUCGGACACACGUACGGGCAGCGGCGCGGCGGCGUGCGGCGUACACGCAAAAAGGAUCAACGUUACGUUACCUCGGCGCCGGUACCGGUCUGGAUGUGUUCUUCGGCCGCUGGACGCGCGGACGCCUUCCUCGCCGCAGACGUGCUCGCUCAUCUUUGGCAAAGACAGCAUCUUUCAGCGGCACCACGUGUUGAGAGUCUGGAUCAACUGCUCCGCGGUGGAGAUGAUCUACCAGCCGGCCUGUCACGUGAAGCUCCCUGCGCCAGCAAAGCCUGAAAUCAACCAGACCACCGUUUCCUGGGCGACUGCCAAGCAGGGCUCGACGUCUCCGUACGACUUCCAGCUGGAGUGGAAGCCGGCCGAUGAGCCCUGGGAUGGAGCGUCGGUGCACAGAGAGACGAAAUCCUGCGAGGAGUCAUGCCGAUCCGAGCUGAGUCUGGACCGGUUGGGCCGAGGGGCGGCGUACGAGGCGCGCCUCCGGGUGAGGACUUCGGAGGACGAUCCGGUGGCGUCGGUGUGGAGCGACUGGAGCGCCGCCGCACGCUGGACGUCAGAUGUCGGGGAGGCUGCGGCGCCACCUGCUGACUCCCUGUGGCUGGUUUUGGGGGUGACGAUCUCCGGAACAGCCUUUGCCGUCUUUCUGACUCUUCUGCUCUUUAGGAAAGACAAGACCAACUGGGUUUAUGUCUUCAAGAAGAUUCGAGGCCCACGACUACCAGACCCGGGAAAGUCUUCCCUCCGGAACAAGUGGGCACGUCCUCCUUUCAGCAGUGAGUCCUUGCAAGCCUUCCUGCAGCCCGUGGACGUCCUGGCGGUGAUGUCCGUCGGCUGUGUGGAACCCGGAAGUCUCGGAGACCCUCGGUAUCUAGGAGACCCUGAAGCUGUCCUGGAGAAGAUGAUGAGAAAGAUCACCACGGUUGGCUUGUUCCCGCCCGCCAGCUCCCAACUGCGGCCUCCUCCGAUCCCUGUGCUCUCCCUCACUUCGGGCAACCUGAAACCGUGCGCCCCGGAGUCCCCCUACGGCACCGUGGGUGCCAUCGCGGACCAGGACGGGGAGAUGACGGAUGCUCGGAAACUCUUCCUGGAAAUUAUUGGCGGGGUCGGCGACAAGACGACGGCGGUCAUUUCAGACUAUGAGAAGAUCGAGAAACUCCAGGGUGAAUGUUCAAAAGAAGAGGACGAGUCGGGAGGUCAAUGCGCAGGUGCAGGGCGAUCUCCUCUUGAAGGGGUUUUUGUCAACGGCUCCGUCCAGGUGAGUUUGGACUACGAAUGCAUUCAGACACGACGACACCACCACGAUAGCCCUGAGGUCCCCGCUGCGGAUUCGGGCGUCGGGGGCGUACGCGAGGAGCACGCAGGGCCCGAGGUGAGCUUGGAGGACGGGGAGGAGAACGCCUCCUGCUUGCCCCGUCCCCCUGGUUCCCCUGGAUCCCCUGGUUCCCCUGGAUCCCCUGGUUCCCCUGGUUCCCCUGGUCCUUGUGGGUGCGCUCCUCCUUUAGACUUCCACCGUCCAACUCUGGAGAGUCUCCAAGCUCUCCUGCUGGAUGCCGGAGAUUUCACACGUGGAGCAGUAGAACCCUCUAGCGGUGGUUAUAUGUCCGUGUGUCAGCGCGAUCCCGAAACUGCUUGAAGGGCAUAUACCCACCAUUGAGUUGGCGCACCCCUUCCCACCCCCAUGCUCAUGCUCGACAAAAUCAAGUGCAAACAACAAAUGUAUUGAAGUUCAAGUUAAUCACUGUCAUUUAGAUUACCUGGAAAAUGUCAUAUAUGAGAGCGCACCACCCUCUACCUUGCGUAUACCCCCCCCCCAUCCCCUCAAAAAAAGUCCAGAAGAAGCAUUUUUUUAAUGUUCAAAUCUAAUUUGUAUAACGUAUACAGUUGAAAUCUCUCAUUCCCAAACUUGUUGAGCCACACAAGCCUUUUUAUUUGGCGCACCCGCACCCCUCCCGCAAACAGUAAAAAUGACUUUUUUUUCCAGUGUUGGAGAAGAAGAAUAUUUUAUUCCGUUUAUGGCUCCCUUUUUCAAACAUUUCAAGCCACGCACCACUUUCAAAAUACCCUUUGAGCCGGCACACCCCUUAAACCCCCCCCACCCCUAAAUGAAAGUGCCAAACAUCUUCACAUUUCAGUUCAACAUGAAUUUGUAUCGUUUGCAGCAGUCUGUCGUGGACUUUUUAAAACCCUUAAAAAAAACAGCCCAAAAAGCUUUAAUUUUUUUUUUGUGGUCUUUUUCUUUUGUUUGUUUGAACGUCUUUAGUCACCCGCUCCCUUCAACGCCACCACUAAAUUGGCGCAGCAGCUCUCCUCCAACACGUACCUUAUAAUUUGGUUUUCAAUGUUGCGCACCCUUUCAUUCCUUCACCCCCCCAAAAAGGAAUAAGAAGUCUAUAAAUUGAAAAAAAGGACAUUUCAUGUUGUAAAUGUUUGUAUUCUACUUAAACUGUGCAAGUCGAAGAUGAUUUCGGUGAAGCGACAAUGAAGCAUUAAAAUGUUGAACAACUGUUGGGUGCGAAAAAUUUUUUGGAUGUUUUUUUUGGAUGUUUUUUUUUUUUUUAGAUGACAUUCCACAUUGCGUCGCUGCUGCUUCAUCGGUUGUUUGGUUUUUGUGUCAGACUGCAGAUGGUUUCACUGGAGACUUGAAAAUAGUGAAGACAAGCGAUAUUUUCUUUUCCACAGAAGCUGGUGCGAGGUGGGGGGAGUGUGGUGGGGGGGACUAGGCCAAGACAAGACAGUGUUUUGCUAAGUAAAGAUUUGUUUUUGGCCGCGGACACGUUUGCUGUUAUGUAACAUUCACACCCACUUGCAGAAAAAGUGCACCAACACUCCCUGCCCCCCCC